AUGAAGUUCGGUUUCUUUUCAGGCGAUUUCAGCGAUCAAGGUUUGGCUGAUGAUGGCAGCUGGAAAUUCUCUCCAUUUGCCAUCCUUUACAGCUGUGGCAACAUUAUCUCUCUCUUCAGUUUAACAUUUAUUAUCGGUAUCACAAAACAAUUCAAAACGAUGUUUGCACCCGUGCGGUUCUGGGCUACAGUCGUCUACAUUAUUCUAUUGAUUCUGACAUUGGCAUUGUCCAUCUGGCUACAUAAUUUUCCUCUAUCGUUGGUUUUGGUCAUUGUACAAUUUGGUGCAUUGAUAUGGUAUUCGGCAAGCUACAUACCCUACGGACGUGAAUUGAUCCGACGUUUCUUCGGCAGUUGUAUUACUUCUAUCUAA